AUGUUGGAGGAAAUUAGGAGAAAGAUAAUGACUAGAAAAUGUGAUAUGAUUAAGUUUGCCAACACUUGGAUAUCUGAGAUUUCACCUAUGGUUAGACUUACCUUAGAGGAUAAUAAGGAAAUGGCUAGGGGCUACAAGGUUCUUUGGAAUGUCGAUGUUGGAUUUGAGAUUGGAGAGGGUGAGUAUAGGCAUACGGUUAACAUGAGUACUAAGAGUUGUAGUUGUAGAACUUGGCAACCGAGAGGAAUUCCAUGCCAAAUCUUUGUUUGUGCAUACUACCACAUAGAACUAGAGCCUGAACACUUUGUGGAGUAUUGGUAUAGGAAGGAUACAUUCUUAAAGGCAUAUAGUCAUUUCGUCCAACCAAUUCCAAAUAUGAAGAUGUUGCCUGAAGCAAACAAUCCAAAGAUUGAGCCUUUUGCACCUAAACCAAUGCCUGGCAGGCUGAAGAAGAAAAGAACAAAAGGCAAAGAUGAACCAAAAAAGAUGAGGUAUGGAAAGGUGUCCAGAAAAGGGGGGAAAAUAACUUGUUCAAAGUGUCAUCAACAAGGACAUAACAAGAAAUAUUGCAAGGUAAAAUAG